UUGCGAUUCUUGUCGUCAAUGAUUGAAGCAGAUAUUGGGGCAGACGAUGAAGAUAAUGACGUAGAACCGCUAACUCCAAACCCGAGCCAGGUGACACUGAGUGAGAGUUGCAUGUCAACAACAUCAGAUUUAUGUGCGGAGACAGACUGCAGUCAGAAUGCAAAGGAGAGGAAAAAGAAAAGGCGAGCAGAGGUCCAGCUACUUCUGGAAUACACAAGGGACAUGUUCCAUCGUCUCUGCAUGAAGGAGAAACACCUACAGUGCUUAGUCUGCAACUCACACACUGAAAACGGAAUUGAACAACGAACAAGGAAGAAAUCCAAGACGAAGGAGACGGACAAGUCCGUGCAGGAGGAGCUGGGCCGGGUCCUGGAGUCCCUGGGGAGCGUCCUGUGUAAGCGACUGCUCUGUCUCGACCGGCGGGUGUUGAGGGGAGUCAUGUGCAGAUCCAAGGAGGGAUACCCGCUCCUUACAGGAACCAAUCAACGGCGAAAAAAGAAGAUACAAACGAGAAAACGACGUGGAAAUCUUCAGUUACUGUUGGAAUCGUCCGGGAAUCUUCUGUCACAACGGCUUCGCUGUUUAGACGGUCGAAGCUUGAAAGGGUUAAUAAGCAAACCUAAAGCUGGACGCAAACACAGAGCAGGACAAGACAAAAAAGCAAAACCAGACAAUGCAGUGAAAAUUGGAACAAAAAGAAAGAAGCAAGAACUUGAGUUGUCUGAGCCAUCGCAAAGCAAUGCAACUGGUAACAAAGAAGAACACCCAAGGAAGAUACUCCGCCCAAAAAGAAAGUCCACUUUAAUUCAAUUGUCGUAUGCUGUAGUAACUAAAUAUUUCCAGGUUUACACCUUAAAAAAAUAUAUAUAUGAAGUGUUAUUUAUCUAGGAAAAUAUUUAAAUCUCGAUUCACUCUUUUUCAAAUGUUUGUAUCCAUACUGACAGAUUAGGCCUUCGCUGUUUAACAUUGUCCUUCACUGUUAUGAGUAUGUCAGUCAGUAUUGUUGAAGCAACUCAAUCAACUGUUCUAUCUACAUACCCUAAAAUCCAAAAUGUUUCUGCGAUAACUUAAUGGACUCUAAAAUGUUUUAGGAGUAGGAUCAUCUGUUAUAGGAGUAAGAUCAUCUGUUAUAGGAGAAGGAUCAUCUAUUAUAGGAGUAAGAUCAUCUGUUAUAGGAGAAGGAUCAUCUGUUAUAGGAGUAAGAUCAUCUGUUAUAGGAGAAGGAUCAUCUAUUAUAGGAGAAGGAUAAUCUUUAUAGGAGAAGGAUAGUCUACCGGUAUUAUGGUAAUAGAGUCAUGUUUUAUAGGACUAGGGUUAUAUAAUGUAGAAGUAGGAUAAUCUUUCAUGGGAGUAGGGUAAUCUCUUAUAGGAUUAGGAUCAUAUAUCACAGGAGUAGGAUAGUGUAUUACAGGAUUAGGAUCACACAGGGAUAUCAGGGCCGUAGCUAGCAGGGGGCAGGGGGCAAGUGGGGCAGUUGCCCCCUAGAAAAAAUUCGGAAAGCACUAUAGAAACUUAAAGAAAAGGAGUUUUAGACUAUUAACUACUCACUUGCC